AUUGUCUCGGGCCCACAUCCAUCGUAGCGGGUUAUUAAUAACACCGGAGGUACACGAGCGGUCCUCUCCAACACAGAGAGGGCCCAGAAGAUCCCCGAGACGACAAAAUUUGCCGAUCAACGGAACCUGGCGAGAGAUGGUGAACCGGCGAUUUGCUCAAGUGUCGACUAGUGACGAGGAAGGUGAUGCGCCAUUGACGAGGCAUAAGGGUGGGAACUCGGGCUUCGACGAGACUAAGAGGAGGCAGAGGAAGCAGAAGAAGGUGAAGCUGAGCGAAGACGAAGACGAAGACGAAGACGAAGGAGGUGUUCAGAUUAGGGGAACUAAGAGGAAGAGGAAGAUAAAGGGAAGGAGAGAUGAACACGAAUCUGAGGAGGAGGAAGUGGCGGAGGAGGAGGACGAGGAAGAGGAGAAACCGGAGGAUGCGAAACCAGUUGGCAAAUUGGUUAAGGUUACGGGUAAAGGAAGGGGGAAGAGGAACCAUUACGCCGGAUUCGAGUACGAUGGGAAUAAGUAUGAACUGGAGGAUCCCGUGCUGUUGGUUCCGGAGGAUAAAAAUCUAAAGCCAUAUGUUGCAAUCAUUAAGGAUAUUACCCAAUCCAAUGGAAACAUGAUGAUUCUGGGACAAUGGUUUUAUCGUCCGGAAGAGGCUGAGAAGAAGGGUGGUGGAAACUGGCAGCCAUGUGAUACACGAGAGCUCUUCUACAGUUUCCAUCGUGAUGAAGUCCCAGCGGAAUCUGCAAUGCACAAAUGUGUGGUGCAUUUCGUCCCUGCUCAUAAGCAACUUCCAAAUCGUAAACAGCACCCUGGUUUUAUCGUUCGCAAGGUGUAUGAUACUGUGGAAAGGAAACUUUGGAAGUUGACUGACACAGACUAUGAAGAUACCAAACAGGGUGAAAUUAACCUCCUUGUGGACAAGACUAUGCUGCGAUUGGGUGAUCUUCCUGACCUUGAAUCAGGUGAAGCACCUGUCGAACAAGAGGAUCUGUUGAAGGCUAAAAGAUCUCUUCGUAAAAAGAACAUACCUCCUCUUGAUGUCCGAAAGGAGGAAGAUGCUUUUUUAAAAGCUGAGACACCUGGAAGUGCCACGGUUAUUUCGGAGGAGUAUCGCUCUAUCUUGGAGAAGUUUGAUUCGCUAACAGGUGAUAAUCAUCGUGACAAGGGUCUGGAGAAGCUUCUGCAAGCAGUUCAGCAUGUGUGUUUUAUCCCUGAGAGUAAACAAGCCUGUGAUGAGAAGACUGAAUUAGAUGGAUUUCACCAUGAAAAUGAUGAGAAAGCUUUUGAGGCUGAAAUUGGAUCUCAAAAAGAUCCGUCAAAGGCUGAGAAUACUUUUCUCUGGCCUGAUGAUGCUGUUCCUGCAGUGUGUGCUCUUGAGCAGGCUUCACAUGAUUCCCUGGCCUCAGAUUUCCAAAAAUACAAUCAAAAGUUGAGGUCGUUGGUUUUCAAUCUCAAGAACACUCCACUACUAGCUAGACGACUUCUCAGUGGGGAUUUAAAACCUACGAAGAUUUUGAACAUGUCGCCCACUGAGUUAAAGGAGGGUUUGACAGCUGAAGAAACAGCAACAAAGGAGCCUGAUGAUACGGAACGGAUGCAGAUGACUGAUGCUCGAUGCUCAAGAUGCAGUCAGUUCAAAGUGGGUUUGAGGGACAUCAUCCAGGCUGGGCACGCAGACCGCUAUCAGCUGGAGUGCAUUGCCUGUGGCCAUUCGUGGUACGCAUCGAGAGACGAAGCUUCAGCUCUGACCAUAGAUGCACCAAACAAUGCCAAAAGCGUGGGCAUGGAGCCUCUGGCCACAGCCAAAUUUGGGAACGUCGAAAAGUGUCUGGCCAGCCCUCGUGAGAAAGAGAAACCAGCCGAUGAUCCCCUUAGGAAAGCGAGCAAACCAUUUAUUCCGACACUGGACACCAAGAAGUCGAACAUCGGGACUGGGAAGCCGUUCACCAAGUCACAUGCCAGCGGCAAUCCAGAAACCGGCAACGAAACCUGAGUAAACCACCAGGUCAGUUAGAAUCACGACCAACAAUGCCUUUGUUGUCAUGUCACCUUGGUCUGGUCUUGUCUCUUUGUCGAAUGCUUAGAGUUUAGGGUUUGUGGAGGUAAAACUAGGAAAAGAUAGAAGAGCCCUAUUGUAUCUACUGAUUCGGGUUCCUGUAUAGUUAACGAAAGAAGAAACAAACUCUCUGUUUUUGUAUUCAUUGGCUUUUGAUU